GGCACUAUCUAUCUGCGAGUGUGUAGCAGCUCAACAGCCCCAGAGCAUCAACGGCGCAUUCAAGACUAGACUUGAUCAUCAGCAAAGUUCACUCUCUCAGUCAGUCCCAAAAUCCGAACAGCAUUUUUAAAUCCAGAUCCGAAUACCCAAAUGCGGGGUGCGGAAUCGGAUUGUCGUUUUUCCAGCUUAUGGCUCGCGCCUGACCCGAGCAAGCGAUGGGGCGAGCUGUUCUUCCUCGGCUACACUCCCUUUUGGCUCACUCUCUGCUUGGGAAUCGUCGUGCCGUUCAGGCUCUACGAGAGAUUUACAGAAUUGGAGUAUCUGCUUCUGGGAUUGGUUUCAGCAGUUCCUUCUUUCUUGAUACCAAUGCUAUUUGUUGGAAAGGCUGAUAGCAGUAUGUCUUGGAAGGAUCGGUAUUGGGUCAAGGCCAGUCUCUGGAUUAUAAUCUUUAGCUAUGUUGGGAAUUACUUUUGGACCCACUAUUUCUUCACAGUUUUGGGAGCUUCUUAUACUUUUCCAUCAUGGAAGAUGAACAACGUACCACACACAACUUUCCUUCUCACACAUGUUUGCUUUCUAUUUUAUCAUGUUACAUCAAACAUAACACUUCGCAGACUACGGCAUUCUAUUGCUGACUUGCCAGAGAAAGUUCGAUGGAUGACUGAGGCUGCGUGGAUAUUGGCUCUUGCUUAUUUCAUAGCAUACCUCGAGACUAUAGCCAUUUCCAAUUUCCCUUAUUAUCAAUUUGUGGACCGGGCAUCUAUGUACAAAGUUGGGUCCCUGUUUUAUGCCAUCUACUUCAUUGUAAGCUUCCCCAUGUUUCUGAGAAUUGAUGAGAAACCUGGUGAUCCAUGGGACUUGCCCAGAGUUGCUGUUGAUGCUUUGGGUGCCGCAAUGUUGGUUACGAUAAUACUUGAGUUGUGGCGCAUCUUUCUAGGACCUAUUAUUCCUAUUUCAGAUUCAAAACAGUGCCAUCAACCAGGACUGCCAUGGUUUCCUGGACAUGUCAAUGAAACUUGACAGAUGAAUCUGCACAGCAGUGAUCCGAGUUAACUUCCCAGCCACAGAAGUAACCAAUAUAUGGAUUUUCUUCUUGUUGAUGCUCUAAUGUCUGCUGUACUUAAUUAGAUCAUUGGUUAAACUUCCCAUUUCUGGGGGAUUUUUGGCAUUGUAUCAGCAAGAGGUAAACAAUCUAAGAGUUCAUUUGGCCC